ACCCCCUCCUCCCUCUCUGUGGUCUGUGCCCAGUGCGCUCGACACCCUUGCUAUGGUAAGAACACAGUCUCCCAGCUCCGCAAAGCGAGCCGCUCUUCACCAGCAACAACAGCAGCAGCAACAGCACAACAACCACUACCACCACCACCACCAACAACUCAACAGCACCUGUAGCCUGGAACAACCCCACAACAAACCACAGUACGUGAUUCUACAGCUGCAGCCCUUACACCAUCAACACCAACAGCCGACUCGCGAUGCUGAUGAUGAACAAUAUCAUCAGCAGCAGCAUCAGCACAAUCACUACGACGGCAGAGAUAACGAGAGCGACUGUCGUAAUCAGCUUCAUCAGCGAAGAGGUUCAGAAGUAGCAGCAGCAGCCACCACCGAUGGCUCUUCGGAGGUCACCACCAAGAGGCGGACACCUCCUGGCGAGACGAUGAGCGGGGACUACCCAGAAGAAGGGAGACAAUGCCGCACUUCGGUUCCAAACGCUCACGGUUUCAUGCAGCUGCAGAGUCCCCCGCUGAGCCCCGGGAUGGUGCAUCAUCACCAGCACCAUCAUCACCAUCAGCAGCAGCAGGUGGUGGUGUCUCCUGGGCAGGUGGCUCCCCGGGGUGGUGCGCUGCCCGUGGGCUCGGGGCCCCGCCUGAGCCUGCUGGGCAAGCCGCUGGUGCUGAACGCGGCGAGGGUGGCGAGUAACGUGGGCAGGAGGAACGCGCGCUACAGGAGGAUACAAAACCUCCUCUACAACCUGCUCGAGCGGCCCCGGGGACUCGCAUUCGUCUACCACGUGUUCGUGUUCGUGAUGGUGUUCGCCUGCUUGGUGCUCUCCGUGUUCUCCACCAUCCCCGACUUUCAGAUCCUGGCCAACCAGGUGCUGCUCAUCCUGGAGGGCAUCAUGAUGGUUCUGUUCGGCCUCGAGUAUUUCGUGAGGAUCUGGGCGGCCGGGUGCUGCUGCCGCUACCGUGGCUGGCAGGGGCGCCUCCGCUUCGCCCGCAAGCCCUUCUGCAUCAUCGACAGUAUCGUGCUGGUGGCGUCCCUGGCGGUGAUUGCCGCCGGCACCCAGGGCAACAUCUUUGCGACAUCGGCGCUGCGCUCGCUGCGCUUCCUUCAGAUCUUGCGCAUGGUGCGCAUGGACCGCAGGGGCGGCACCUGGAAGCUGCUGGGCUCCGUGGUCUACGCACACAGCAAGGAGCUCAUCACGGCCUGGUACAUCGGCUUCCUGGCGCUCGUCUUCUCCUCCUUCCUGGUCUACCUGGCCGAGAAGGACGACAACAAAGACCAGUUCGCCACCUACGCCGACGCGCUGUGGUGGGGCACGAUCACGCUCACCACCAUCGGCUAUGGAGACAAGUACCCCAAGACAUGGCCAGGGAAGCUGCUCGCGUCUGGCUUCGCACUGCUGGGUAUCUCCUUCUUCUCUCUGCCGGCGGGCAUUCUGGGCUCAGGAUUUGCACUCAAGGUGCAGGAACAGCACCGGCAGAAGCACUUUGAGAAGCGGCGCAACCCGGCGGCCAGCCUCAUCCAGGCAGCCUGGCGCUUUUACUCGACUGACCCCAGCCACCCGUACCUGGUCUCCACGUGGAGAAUUUACCAGUGCGUUCCCACCCUCAGGAAGGAGCAAGGAGACAUGCAUUGCAGCCAGAAGCUGAGUCUGCGCGAGCGAGUUCGCCUCUCCAGUCCCCGCGGGGCCGCGGCCGCCACCACCGCCAGCGGCGGCUAUGGCGGCAGCGUCGGCGGCGGCGCGGCGACGGGCGGGUGCAUUGCGGCGGGGUCGGGGGGAGGGGCCCAGGGCCCUCCCCGUGGGGGUGCGGGGGGCCGGGCCCCCCCGGGCGCGGAUCGCCGCUCCCCCAGCACGGACACGGCAGGGCCCAGCAGCCCAGCCAAGGUCACCAAGAGCUGGAGCUUCAACGACCGCACGCGCUUCCGGCCCUCGCUGCGGCUCCGUGCCGCACAGUCUCGCCAGUGCUCCGAGGAGAGCACGGACGAGGUGUUUGACGACCGGAGGUGCCACUGUGAGAUGGCGGUGGAGGAGCUCACGCCUGCACUGCGCAUUGCCAUCCGCGGGGUGCGGAUCAUGAAGUUCCAUGUGGCCAAGAGAAAGUUCAAGGAGACCCUGCGACCGUACGACGUGAAGGACGUCAUCGAGCAGUACUCGGCGGGCCACCUGGACAUGCUGAGCCGCAUCAAGAGCCUGCAGGCCCGGGUGGAUCAGAUCGUGGGCAAGGUUCAGCCGGCGUUGAGCACUGAGAGAAUCCGAUCGCGGGAGAAGGUUUCCCAAGAGUCUGACAUCCGGGAAGACCAGAGCAUGAUGGGUCGGGUCAUCAAGGUGGAGAAGCAGGUGCAGUCCAUCGAGAAGAAGCUCGACUUCCUCAUCGACUUCUACCGCCAGUCGCUGGGCCAGGGGGGCGGCUGCUCGGCCGCCACACCGGACUCGCACGGCAGCCCCGUGGACGGCGCGUCGCUGGCCUCGGCGCCGCCGUCAACGCCGCGGGGCCGCCUCAGCGUCUCCAGGUCGCUGGCGACGCCGUGCUCCACAUCAGACGGCCUGCUCUCGCCGCUGCACGCUGACACCGACGCGGAGGCCUCGCCGCCCCGCACGGGCGACACGGGCGGGACGGGCGACUCGGGCCACUCGGCCGGCAUCGGCAACGUGGCUGUCGAGGCCGUCGGGCACCGUGACGGCGGCGCCCCCAGAGCUGCCGCAGCUGCGGCCGCCUCGGCCUUCCUCUUCCCCUCUGCCCUGUCAUAUGCACCCCUCGAUGGCACCCAGUACCCUCGGCGGUCCGUCACCUCCUCUCCAGAUGACCUGGACUCGCCGUUCGGGCCUCAGCCUCAUCAUCAUCAUCAACUUCACCAGCAGCAGCACCAGCAGAAGUCUCGGACGUCCGAGCGGCCCCACGGCGUGCCUGGGACGACCGCCGCCGUAGCUGCUGUGGCCCCCGGCGUGGCCCCACCGCAGCCAUCAGCGCUGGAGGAGGGAAUGGCGCCGUGCACGUGGGAGCUGCCAUGGCGAGCUCCGUGCGCCCGCCCGGCUCUCGCCCGCAACUCCUCCUCCUCCUCUUCGCUGUCGUGCGGCCGUGAGGAGCAGGGCUCGCUCGACACGGUGGACGAGACGGACGAGGGGCGGCACCCCUCCCCAAAACCGCCCCCCCUGCCGCCCCCGCAACCAGGGGGGUUGGCGGCGGGGGCGCUGGAGGAGGCGGAGGUGUAGGGCAGAUGAAUGGGAGGAGAUGGAAGAGAGGCGGUGGUGACGAAGGGUAGGGGUGGUUGCGGGGUGAUUAUGUUGGAGGAAGCGGAAGGGAUGGGGAUUGUGGAGGUGAUGAAUCACGAACCGUGGAUGCACGAUGUGGUGGGUGGAGACUGCUGCUGCUGCUCCCAGGGCCCGCGUGGGGUGGAGGAGCCGUUGGCUUCGUUUCCCAGGGCCCCGAGCUCUCAGGUGCUCACGAGAGACGGUGGCAUCGCCACGCGGCACGAUGCUCGUGUUUGCUUUGUGUUUCCGUUCGUUUAUCCGAUGCGUGCGUCUCCCACCUACAAUGAGCGCCGAGUGGAACCUAUUUCACUUGCCAGCCCCCGAGCCAGUAGUGGAAAUUCCACAUUUCUCUAACGGGGGCCGGUCUAUCCACAGGACAACCACCAUUGACUUUCUACAAAGAGUUACCCAUUUUCCCAGACGUAGAGGGAUGAUUGGCCAAGUUGACUUGUGACCGGAAACUUGUGGGUGGAUCGUGUUAUAUGUCGUUGUCGUCGUUUGGCUUUCCCGAGCCGUGGUACCACCAGUUUUUCCCGAGCAUUGCCUCCAUUUGAGGACUAACGCCAACCCCGCCAGGAAGCCAUUCACGAAGCCUUCCUUGCCGUCGAGAGGAAGUGAGUGAGGUGGUGGCCGGGUCGCUCGGAAGUUAGAGCACUGAGCCGGCACCGCUCAGAGCCUGGCUUCCAAUCCAAGUCUCAGCCACUGCCGUGGUUGCACCGGGGGGUGGGGGGGGGGGAGGUUUUCGGUGCGGCGAGUCGAUGGCCGUGGCCCAGGUUCGCAAACAGCUCGGCAGUUUGCAGCGAUGCGGUCGUCACGAGCAUGAGAGUGUGUGCAGCGUCGCUUCCUCGGUCAAGCGACAGGCUCACUCGUGGACAAAGUGGUUGCUGGCGAUUAUUUGAGUCGCGAUUUCUCUCAGACGCCGUGAUUUUGGUGGCACAGCAAACCGAUCGGAGUCGGCUCGGGUUUCUGUAGAACCCACGGGCGCGACGUUUAGUCGCUAACCUCGUGACUCGCCGGUGUUGAGUGCGCGGCAGCGUGCACGCCGUGAGCUCAUUGCAAGCGCAUCGGGAGGUCCCCGCGUGCAUAACUGCCCACUGUUUUGUUAACCACUUCAUUUUUUUACAGAGCUUGACAAUGGAAAGGUGAGAAUCAUCAUGCCUCCAAUACUUUUACUGCCAUCGAUUUACUUGGAUUUUCUCGGAGACAGAUAUACAAGUCACAUCAGCUGCCAUGCCGUGCAAAAUCUAUAGCCUUCGGUAUUUUUGAUUGAAGAGCCGAUCGACUUUCUGACAUAGGAAAUUGACUAAUGGUGAUUAAAUUACACCGUCAACGUGCAUUUAUAUUGCACCCGUAACAUUAUGAGCAUCUUGAUGAUGCUCGUAAUGUGUUUUAGCCUCGGGGACCCCCCCCCCCCCCCCCCACCAAUGACAGCUGUCCCUGUGCGGCACGAGCCAUAACCGUCACGUGCCAAUUCGCCCAUGGACACCGGGGGGGGGGUCCUCGGCGGGGCCGUGAGAAGCGCGCUAAAACUAUGAACUACCAAACUACUUUUUAUCCGACGAAGUAAGGCCCCGCCAGAGUGAUGUUGCUCUUUUUUCACAAGCGACCUGGCUGUAACAAACGAUAGCGCAGCGAAGUGGCUCGUCACCGUGUGGGAAUUAAUAGCGUGGAGCUGUCACGGCUGGGGUUCUUUCCUGCUAAACACCACGCACUGCACCCUGAGACACUUUGCCGAUUCCUGGAUGUCACCUGAUGAAGCUGGUUGUAAUUGCUCGAAUUGUAGAUGCUGUUGGUUUCACUCCCCAUCGUACCGGUGUACUGAACUAGUCACGAAUUGGCGCGUUUUGUUAACGUGACACAAUCUGACUCAUUGUCCGCGUUGGGUGGUGGCGGGUUUAACGACACAUUUAUAUUUACGUGAUGUAACCCGAAAAAAACCUUUAAUGGAGAACAUUGGUCGCAAAAGCCUACCACAUGUGAAACUCUUAAUUACACUGACGGUCGACGGUGGUGCUCGGGGUGAGAACGGUUGGGAGCCUCGUUGGUCACGGACCAUUUUCCGAGAUGUUGAGAAAUCUACGAUCGUAAGCGAAGUGAUGAACAGUUCGUGAUGACGCGUAGGGAUAACCGCGCAUGCUCCUGGGGCCACCGCGGCCCAGUGGCCCCUACCGAUUCGCGUGCUUGUUGGAAGCAUCUUGAGAGGUGGAUGACGUUACAAAAAGUCACUUUUGAUGUGGCGUCACGGUGGCUAGGAGAUGUUAACUACCUCGCCUGGUAUACAGAAGCUUGUGGGUUCAAUCUCGACCCUAACGCCUGCUGUAUAUUUGGAGUUUGCAUGUCCCUCUCCCCGUGA